AGGAGGGAAGGGCGUGGGGAGGAGGCGCCUCAGUGCUGCCUCAUCUGUUCUCACAAGUUGGUAGUGUAGUACAGUCAAGCAGCCUCGGAGGGAACUGAGAGUGUGCUGCUCUUCUGUUAUCUUUUGUAAUUCUUUUUCCAACACACACCCAGUGUGCAGCCCCAGAGGCGAAUGUCACUCAGAGGGAGCCUUCUCUCGCACGGCUCUCCUCACCUUCACCAACCACUGUCUUGCGGGGAGCACGGCAACAGGGCACAUGCCGGUCCCUCACUGUCAUCACUGUUCAUAUUAUCUUGUUUGGUGAUGCCGUGUUCUUGUUUUCUUUGAUAUUACAGAUGAGACCCAUCCACGCACUCCUGGCCCUAGCCCUUGUCGUGGCCUGCGUCAGCGCCGGCGGUAUUGGCGGCGGCGGCGGCUUGUACGGUGGAAGAGGAGGCUUCGGCGGCGGCGGCGGUGGCGGCGGCGGCUUCCACGGUGGAAGAGGAGGCUUCGGCGGCGGCGGCGGUGGCUUCCACGGUGGAAGAGGAGGCUUCGGAGGCGGCGGACGUGGCGGCAGCUUCGGCGGUGGCAGCUACGGUGGCGGCAGGUUCGGUGGCGGCAACUUUGGCAGCUUCGGCGGCAGCCAUGGAGGCAGCUUCGGAGGCGGUGGCUUCAGUAGCGGAUACGGCAAGUAAGACAUCUCUUUUACCUCUUCGCCACAACGCCUGAACGAAAGAGAUCCAGCCCAGGCGUGCAUCUGAGAGCGCGUGCGUGCACACGUGUGCGUGCACGUUUUCCAAAAAGAAGAAACAUAUUUUGAACCAUCUCAUCUUCACCUUCAUUUUCUCCCCGUCCAUCCUUUUCGAUCCCCGGCGAAGAAAUCAAUAAAUAAUAUACAAACUUA